AUGCCCGUCUGCAUGUACCCGGCGGUACUAGCACCGGAACGCCAUAUUCCAAACUAUGCUCUCCAAGGCGAAGCUGAUUCCAGUUCGCAUAUACGUCAAGGCUCAGCAGUGGUUCCUGGUGAAAUGAUAUUUUCUUCCGGUGCUAAUCUUAUUACCGGUCAUGGUACUUAUCGCGAUGUGGACGUCGACCCUGUCGGGGAUCAAAUAGCUCAAACUAAGGUAGUCGGUGCGACACCCGCCAGCACGGAUGAAGCCAUGCGCAACGCUCCGAUGCGAACCUCUCUCACAGGCCGCGUUCGUAUUGUGAAUAAACUAGUUUACGUGGAACCUCCGAAGGCGCGAUAUUCUGGUAGUGUUGGGGACACCGUUGUCGGUCGCAUCGUCGAGGUUGAACAACGCCGGUGGAAAGUGGAUGUGAAUUCCGCCCUGUACGGGAACUUGGCUUUGGCUAAUGUAAAACUACCCGGAGGUGAACUGCGGCGCAAAUCGGAAGAUGAUGAACGUGCGAUGCGUUCGUUUAUGAAGGAAGGUGAUGUAAUUGUGGCUGAAGUUCACGAGGUUUACAAAGAUGGCACCCUACAACUCCACAUGCCUGGUACUCGCACCGGUAAACUAGGUGGCGGAUGCUUCCUGCGUAUCCCACCAAGUUUGGUCAAGCGACAGAAGAUCCAUCGCCAUCGAUUGGCCAUCCGCCGAACUGUAUCCGCAGACUCUGUCCAUUCAGGACUCUCCACUUCCGGUUCGGUUGAUGUAGUCCAGGUCGGUUUAAUUCUCGGCUGUAAUGGCUACGUGUGGAUAGGUCCGGCGCGAGGCAUGGACAUUGGUCUCGGUCUGACCGCCGCCAUUGAACCGCAUGGAGAUCCAUUGGCAAACGAGACCGGACGACAAGAAUACCUAAUGGAACGCUUGGCUGUCGCCCGUGUACGUAAUUGUAUCUUGGCACUCACGCAGCACGGAAUGUCCGUUUGGGAAACCAGUGUUUUGACCGCUUGUGAAGCCAGCUGGUUUACUGAACAGCCCGGAGAUACGGACGAUGACGAGGAGUAUGAGGACGUCGAGAUGGAGCACGCAGAUGACGUCAUGAAAUCCGCGACGAAGGCAGACGCGGUUCAGCGUCAUCGAAAUCGUAUCGCGCGAUUGCUUCGACCAGAUUUAUCCCGACGCUUGGUUUCAUUGGUUCAGGCCAAAAUUGGAUCUGUUAGUUAA